AUGAGAUCUAUGACAGAUUAUGUCGUGCAGGUCUGCCAGCGAUACCAUGCCAACCAGCUAAGGCGCAGCCUGGCCAUUAUUUGUGUCUGCGCUGUAUUUGCUAUAAUUUUGCUUUUUCCAGGGGUAAAGGAGCAUAUUAUUCCCGUUAGCCCUGUUAGUCCUGUUAGCCCCGUCCAGGAGCCAGUGGAGGUUGAUCAACCAGCUCCCAUCCCCGAGGCGAGCUUCUAUGUGAUCGAUAGUUCCACAGGUGGCAACGAUACGGUGGUACAUAUUAUAGAAACCGAACAGGAAUCGGAUGCAAUCGUCUAUGAUCCAUAUCCGGACUAUAAUAGCGCCACCUGGAAAGCGAAAUGGAAAGGCUCGUAUCAGCAGUGUGUUGGUCCGAGCGGGACAAUCUUGGACAGAGAUAACAAAGGCUUCUUUAUGAAAGGAUAUAAAUGGAAUGCCUCAAGCUUUCCCGAACCCGCAUUUGGUUCAUACGAGGCAUGGAAUCUCGACAACAGUCUUUGUACUGAUCGCUACUCCCAAUAUGGCGCGUAUGGCUACGGCGAUGAAAAUAAUGAAGUAUGGGCGAGCGUGAACUUGGGAAACCUGCAAAAAGACUGUUUAGAGCUGAAUGCCGAGAGAUAUCAACGUCACAAUCCCAAGGAGAAAGCAUUGACCCUCGACAAGAUCCACGAUGUGCAUGAAAACGAAGACGAUCCUUCGACGCUUGAUGACAGCUUUGGGCCAGAUUACCACCCUCGCACGGCAGUCAUUCUACGCUCAUGGAUCAACAAAGUUUACACAGCAAAUGACAUCCACUUUAUUCGGUCCAUGGUGAUGGAAUUGUCGCUACUCUCCGGCGCCGAAUAUGAAGUUAUCCUUCUUGUAGACUCGACCGGCUCUGAACUACCCAGCCCGACAGACCAAGAGGGCAUGGAUCAGUUCAAGAAAGAGCAUCUCCCAGAGGAGCUUCAAGACAUCGCAGUCUUCUUCAACGAGAAAAUCCUGGCUGACUGGUACCCGAAGAUCGAUGUCCAUAAGGCGAUCUUACAGUACUUCCAACCAAUCCAAAUCUUCUCUCGACUGAAUCCACAGUACGAGUACAUCUGGCAAUUCGAGUUGGACGCACGGUACACGGGACAUCUAUAUCAUUUCCUCGAACAAGCAGCCGCCUUUGCCAAAAAGCAACCCCGCAAGUACAUGUGGGAGCGCAACUCCUACUUCUAUAUUCCCGCCAUCCACGGCGACUGGGAACAGUUCAUGGAUAAUGUCGAUCAAAGCAUGGGCACACAGGAAGGCAUCUGGGGCCCUAAACCUGCUUUCGGCAUCAAUGUCGAAGGGGAAGCUCCAAUGGUGCCUACCUCCGGCGACCAGGAUAACCUGUGGGAAUGGGGAAUCGGUGAAGAAGCCGACGUGAUUACCUGGAUGCCCCAGUUCAAUCCCAAGAAUACUGAAUGGCCCUUUCGCGACCGGAUCUUCAAUUUCUUGCAGGGUACUCGCACGCCUGUUCGCGCAUCCCCUGUUGCUAUGUCGCGUGUCUCGGCAAGGCUGCUUAGACUUAUGCAUAAAGAUAAAACGCGAGGCGGCUUUGGUCUUGCGUCGGAGAUGUCGCCGGUUUCUUGGGCUUUGUUUUAUGGACUGAAGUCUGUUCAGGUUCCGAUGCCGAUUUAUCAUGAAUUGAAGUGGGACCCUGUCGAGCUGAAUCGCAGGGCUAACCCUGGGAAGCCGGGUGGUAUUAAUGCGGGCAAGAAGAGUAUCUGGAGCUGGCAGAUGCAUGAUGACAUUAUGUUGAAGUUGUCUUAUAUGUUUUCGUCGGACUUUGCUGGGAAGCUUUAUAGAGCUUGGUUGGGACUUGAUGAUGCUGUCGAGUGGGAGAAGGAUCAUCGCCGCCUUUGCCUGCCCCCUAUGCUCCUGCAUCCAGUCAAGAAGACUGAGUAA